ACGGCACUCUAGGCUUGGCAACCAGUAUGUCUGCACACAUACAUAUUAUUUAGCGGGGUAGUCAGCUAGUUAGUUAGUGACAAAUACAGUGUAGGUGACAUAUAUAUUCAGUUACCAGUAUGGAGGGUAUCAUGAAAACCCUGAGCUUCGUUAAUUCAUCUCUAGUGCAGGCAAAUCCACAGGAACGUAUUGCUAUGAGUGCUAAACUAGAGGAUAGUAUAUAUUGUGCAAAGUAUGAGAGAAGAAGACAGAUUUCUAAUGGGGCCUCAAGCUCAGUAUUCUGUGUAAAGCUGAGAGGGAAGAAAGGAGAACAACUAUUUGCCGCCAAAUAUCUGAAAUCUAAUUCCUCAUCAUCUAGACGUGAAGUAGAAAUUCUAAGAAAACUUCAACGAGGCCAGAAUAUACUUCGUCUGCUGGAUACUUUCUACUGUGAGUUCCAUAUUAUCCUAGUUACAGAGUACCUAGCAGGAGGGAACCUGUUUGAACGACUGUCUAACAGUGAGUACAAGUUAACUGAAGCUAAAUGCCAAAUAUUUGUCAGGCAAAUACUCAGGGGUCUGGAGUUUAUGCAUUCUCUGGGUGUAGUGCAUCUAGACAUCAAGCCUUUCAACAUUCUCUUCGCAAAUAAGAAUGAUGAUUUUGGAUUAAAGAUAUCAGACUUUGGGAGUGCUCAGGAGCUGGGGGAAGAAAAGGAGGUGAAGUUCAAUAAGAUCAAGGGUUCGGUGGAGUUCAUCAGCCCGGAACUUAUUCAUUGCGAACCUGUUGGUACACAGACAGAUAUGUGGAGUGUGGGCGUGGUCGCAUAUAUGCUUGUGUCAGGAGGCGUGUCACCAUUCUACUCAGCUGCCUCUGUUUCCCCAUCCUCCCAUUUAAGCUGCCUCUGUGUGGUUAGAAAAACAAGAAUCCAUGAAAUGGUUGCUAAGAAGAAGGCCAAGUCCUUAAUCCAGCAGCUUCUUGUCAGAAAUUCAGCUGACCGGCUUACAGCCAGACAGGCUCUUGACCACCCCUGGAUGGAUAGUGACAGGGUUUAUGUAGAUGUACUUUUUGAACUUGAAACUACCUGGAUGCGUAAAUGUCUUGCCAGACGAAGAUGGUACAGAGCUUUGAAUGCUUUGAGGGCAAUGCAUACAAUGAGAAAAUUCAGUCUUCCAGACUCACCAUCAGAAGAGGAAGAGGACGAGGAAAGUACAGAUGUUGCACCUCAGGCCGCUAGGAUCGCUGUCGUCGAGGAAAAAUUAGAAGAACCAAGACAAUUUGAAGAGUAUCGGUUAAAGUAUGAGAGUGUUUGUCUGAUUGGUUCUGGAACCUUCGGUAGUGUUUACUAUAUCAGGUAAAGGAUUGGUUCUGGAACCUUCGGU